AUGUGUAAUAUGCAUCCAGCGCUCAUCGUCAUCCCCUACGUUCUCGAAUUGAUCGUGCUUUGUGUGUGGCUGACCGUUAUAGUCAUCGUUCACUUCACAAAAGUCUACAGGGAUGCGUAUGACACGGUAACGAUCCACCACAAGGUCCACAACACGAACGUCGAAAAGCAAAAGAAAGAUUUCGAAAUAGGGAGACAGACGAAUUUCUUGAAAGGAGGCACUGUAGAGGCUGAUCCAAAAGAAGUACCGGUGGAUGAAUUACCCGAGCUAUCACCGGCUGGAACGAGUCUUCGAUAUGCUAGCACGAUGAAGGUUCCAAGCAUCACUCAAUCGAUUCAACAAAGUCUCCGCGCUCCAUCUGUAUACAAAUUGAUAGAAGCCGAUGAUCCUGGUGCG